AUGAACAUAUCCAUAGGAACACCACCUUUUGAGGUUCUUGGGAUUGCUGAUACCUUAGUGAUCUUACAUGGACACACAUGCAGCCCCUUCGCAUAUGAAGAUGGCUCUGGAACUUCUGGAGUUCUUUCCUCUGAUACAUUCACAAUAGGCAUAGAAAACCCAGUUUCUCUUUGGAAUAUCGCUUUUGGGUGUGCUCAUGACAUUACUAGGUUAUUUGAUGGGUCCAUGUCUAGUCUUGUAGGUCUAAGAGGUGGGAAAAUCUCAUUUGUUUCUCAACUUGGUAAGUCUCUGGGCAUCAAAAGAUUCUUGUAUUGUCCAGUUCCAGUUUCUUCGACCUUGUCUAAUGUUGUCUCCUCCAGCAUUAUGAGCCUCGGGAGUGAUGCUGUCGUGUCUGGUCCUAGUGAUGUCACAACCCGUAUCGUAUCAAAAGGACAAGGCACUUUUUAUUACCUUACGUUAGAUGGUAUGAGUGUAGGAAACAAGAGAGUCCCAUAUAAAGAUUCAACAGUAGUAGUUCAUGAUAAUGAUCAUGAUGCAGUAAAUGAAACUGAAGGUAAUGUUAUUAUCGAUUUAGGAACAACAUUAACGUUUCUGCCAUCUGAGUUUUUUGCUGAUUUGGUAAUGGCUUUGGAAGAAGCAAUCGAUGGUGAGAAGGUGGAUGACCCAAAACAUGCUCUGGGUCUUUGUAGCGAAUCUAGUACUGUUGACAACCUUAAUAUCCCAAUUUUGAUGGCUCAUUUCAAAGGUGGCGAUGUCGAGUUAUAA